CAGAGGCACAGAAAUCAAUUUAGCUGACACGGGAUCUGCUUAUUUCCUACAUCCCCAGAAGCAAUAUGCACUUGAGCGCAUACAAGUUGUGCCACCUGGUAUUCUUGUUUUGUAUUCUUGUGAGGAGUUGCCAGGCGUUCAAGAAUGAUGCUACGGAGAUCAUAUACUCGCACGUGGGUACUCCUGUGCAGGAUGCCCCGAGCAAUGCCUCUUUAAAUCGUGCAAGAAACGGCGGGAGAGGCGCGGGAAAUACUGCUGGGAACGAUAGAGUUGGAAGUCUGUGAUUCUGGCGCUGUUUGACUUGAGCUCUCUUAAGGACCCCGAGCAUGAAGGAGAGAAAGGGAGCCUCUCCUCUCUUCAUUCAUCAAACUCUGUCAUAGCGAAGGGGGCACAUUGUCACAGAUGUGUAUGGCAGUCUGUGAAUGGUGCCCUGGCUUGGAUUACAGGAUCAGAGACGCCAAGUUGGCUGUAGAGAGCUGAGGUCCACCAAGUACAUCUCUGAUGGCCAAUGCACAAGCAUCAACCCCAUAAAGGAGCUAGUAUGUGCUGGUGAGUGCCUCCCCGCUCAGAUGCUUCCCAACUGGAUCGGCGGCGGCUACGGCAGAAAGUUCUGGAGCCGGAGGAACAGUCAGGACUGGCGCUGCGUCAACGACAAGACACGCACCCAACGCAUCCAGCUGCAGUGCCAGGAUGGCAGCACAAGAACAUACAAAAUCACCGUGGUCACCUCGUGCAAGUGUAAGAGGUACUCCCGGCAACACAAUGAGUCGAGCCAUAUGAAGUUUGAGGAGCCUGCCUUGUCUCGGCCCCAGCUUCUCCACAAACACAAAGCCAAAGCCAAAAGGAGGCUAGGGAAGAUCAAGCUAAACGAGAAUUGGCAUGAAGCCGAGCCCUAAGGCAGGACUGCAGAAUCCCUCAGUGACUGUGUUCUUGGAUUAUCUUUUAUUGGGACUGGCUUGUUGUGAGGAGGACCACUGAAAGUGACUUUGUAAAAGCGAAUUGCAUUGGUUGCUUGCUACAUCUGAGGACCAAUGGGCACCAUUGAAUCAUUAGCUAAUAAGAUGAAAUGAACCUAAAUGGGGUCAUCAUGACCAAUAGAACUGUCUGGAACUUUAAGAUAAUUCGCAUCAUUCAAGUUCUUGUAUGACAAUGUAAACCUGCUCUUCACUCCAUUAUACAAACACAGUUUUACAGCCAAUAUAAUGUAAUAAAAGAAGCUCUGCAUGAAAAGGGGUUUCCCAUCACAAAAGCACCACAAAUACACAAUGUAAAUAUGUGUACAUAUAUAGUAUGAUAUCACAUGUCCUCUGAAGUAUGGUAACAUAUGUAUAAACAUUUUCUAUAAGAUGUAUAUGUUGUAUUGCUAUUCAUUUGAUAAACCUUUUAAUAUGCGUCAUACAUAUUUAGCAAAAAGCUGCCAUUGCUCAUGUUUUCAUUUGAAAAAAUAAUAAAUGUUAACACAAAUUUCA